AACCCAUAAGCUUUCAUAAACCGUAUUAACUAACCAACCCAAGCCGACACAAUUUAUUCGGUGCCGAAAGAUUACGUGACAAUGAAGACGAUCACGAUUAUACUUGAUUAUGCACGAUUACGCGACGUUAAAUAUACAAUUUGGUAGUCAACUCGCGUACGAAAAGUAUAGUAAGACUUCUUCUUCCCUUGCAUUUGACUCCGAUCGAUCGAGCUAUAAAACGGACUGGAACUCAACUCGAACCAUCAAUCGAUCUUCAACUACAAACCUUUCGAGUUUCAACGAAGAACUACUCCGCCAACCAAUAAUCAACAUGAAGUGCUUCGUCGCUAUCGCCCUUUUCGCUAUGAUCGCAAUUGCCUUCGCCGAAGAUACGAAACCGGUUGAAGCAGAGUCGAUCGAGCCUUCUAAUGCAAACAACAACCCAUUAGAAGCAGAAGCGGCUAGAAACAAACGUGGAGUAUUAAUCGGUGCUGCGUACACUGCACCAAUUGCAUACACAGCUCCGGUUGCUUAUACCUCAGCAGCAGCGUACGCCUACCCUUACGCAUACACAGCUGCAUAUUCGAGCUACCCCUAUUAUGCAGCUGGCUACAGCGCACCCUACAUCGUGGCCUAGAUAAUAAUGACGACGACGACGACGACGACGAUGACCUACCAGCAGCAGCUUUUACCUGACGCCAACAUCAACGUUUCUGCUGUUGCUGCUUAUACUGCUACUCUUAAAGGUUUUUUUUUUCUUUUUUUCUCUUCUACCUUUUUCUUUGGUUCUCAUCCACCAAGCAAGCAAGCAAGCAAGCAAGCAAGCAAACAAAUAAGAACUAAAAUAUUCGUCCAUUCGCCAUGUCAAAAAGGGAAUCUAUUCUAACGAAAAUUGUAAAAAUUGUAAAAAAAAAAAAAAAAAAGAAGAAAAAACUAAGGUUGGAUUAGUACGCACAAUUCAAGAGAAUUUGAGCUUUCUUUUAAGCUCUCUCUUUCUCUCUUGAUAUCUCUUGAU